CGUCUCUUUUUCCUCCAUAUCAGUCUCCUGCUGCUCUAUCACUCUAUACAUCUGAGCUGUGCAGCGAGAGCCAGAGAAGAAGAAAGCGGUGCCGGGAACGUCCCUGGGUGUAUGAGGGUGGAUCGCUGCGUGAGUGUGUUCACCAAACAACAUGGAAAUACCUCUGACCAUAGAGAGAGAAACACGACGUUGACAGAGUUUAGACGUGGUGAUGGGAAAUGCAAGAGUCGAUCUCAGGGGUGACAAUGGAGAGUUUCAUAGAGCUGCUGCAUAAGCUGCAGGAAGUCCACGAGCGAGAGGUGGAGGGGUGGCAGGUAAAAGUCAAAGAGCUGUCCAACAAGAAGGGCUGUGAAACAAAGCGAAUGGAGGAGCUGUUCACCAGAAACCAGCAGAUGAAAGAGCAGCACCGAGUACUCACCGAGAACAUCAAGACUCUGGAAAACAGACUGAGGGCAGGCCUGUGUGACAGGUGUACAGUAACUCAGGAGGUGGCCAAGAGAAGACAGCAGGAAUUUGAAGCCUCGCAGAUACAGAGCCUCCAGCACCUCUCCAUACUCGCUACAGAGAUUACCAACCUUAAGAAAGAGAAUAUAAGACUUAAAGAUGAGAUGAGGGGCUUAAGAGCAGCACUUAACAAAGGUCAGAGCGACCAUUCCUCCAACAGCAGCACUGCCACAGAAGUCAAACCUAACAGCUCCCCAGAUCUUUCACCCUCCUCUGGGCCUGUGGCCCUCGUCGCGCCGACGACCAGCAGAAGCAGCAAGCAGCCAGCAGAUGGCGAUGUUGUCGUCAAAACAGAGGCAGACCAAAGAAGUGAAGAAGCUGAACACAGACAGUCGAGAGGGACAAACCGAAGUAGUUUUCAGGUGUUCAAGCCUCUGGCAACUAUGUUAUCAACACCGUGGGAGCCUGAACAAAGUGUAACCUAUGUUGGAGAGAAGAGAAAAAGUGUUGAAGGACGUGAUCAGCAUGCUUCCAUCCCUCCUCAACCUCCUCGAAAGAACUCUUCUUCCUUGAGUGGUGGAGAGGUGAAGCCAAGCAGACCUGUGAUCCAUGCUCCUAUUCCCUGCCAUCCUCGGCCAGUCAAGACCAGUUCCAUCUCUCUCCCCUGGUCCUUGUCUGAAUCCUCUGACUGGACUACUAUGGCUGUUCCUGGAACCAACUCCAUGGUCCAAAACCCUUCCAGACAGCAACUCCCACGCUUUCCCAACCUGAUCCCACCUAUCCCACAGGUCAGAAGACACAGUUUUGGCCCUACAUGGCAAAACCAGAGCACCCCUCAGCCCCAAACUAAGGAGCCAACUGUGGUUUUUAAGUUGAAGAGUCUACCAGAGUAUGCAGAGAAUCAAACUAAACCCCAAGAGAGAAAGGAAAGCCCAUCUUGCAAGUCUGAGAAGGUCUCAGGAGAAGAACUUCAGGACACCUGUGACGGGCCUUUGGACUUAUCAGAUCGAGGGAAGCCCAAAUCCAGCCAAACCUUCAAAGAUGAGACUCCCAUAGCUUUACAGGUGGAUGUAAAAAAACCGAGGAGCCUUGACAGUGAUGUGAACACACAGAUCCCAGUAUCAUCCCCGUCACUCGUCUUCCACUCAUCCCCCUGUACGCCAUUCAAACAAGAGCAAGAGCCAAGCAGUGAUCAUAACCACGAGGCAGUCAGAGAGCAGGAGCAGAGGGAGGAGGUCUCUGGAAAGACAGACCAAAGCAACGGAAGGAAAGUUCCUGUCCUCACUCUGUCAUUACGUCCAGUGGUAAUGCUGGAGACCCUGAACUCUGCGCUACAAAAGCAAGCAUCAUCAUCAUCCAAUGGAAAGGUAAUACAAACCAACAAGGCCAACAUGGUGGACGCCGUUCGCUCCCACUUGUUUCAAACAUGUCCUCCUGUUGUGAGCCCUUGCUCUUCCUCUGCAUCACCACAGUCAUCGUCACCAUCAAUUGAGGCAGAGAGCAGCUCAGAUGAGCAGCAUGAGGACGAAAGUGGAUCAGAACCAGACAGCAGCCAGGGCUGCAAGAGGAAGAGGCCAUCUGGGGAGGCCGAGACUGAGAGGGACUCCGACACAAGCAACAUCCGAAAGGAAAGGAGGAUCAAGAUCACAGUGCGAACCGAGGAAAGGAGCCCUAGCUAAAGACGUCAUCACCAGUUUACAGACAUCUGCUGGAAGCCAUUCUUGUUUUGUGCCACAUGAGGCAGCACAACAAGCUGUAAACACAAAACUGUCACAACCUGACGCAGCAUGCUAUCUGAUGCAGCGUGCACACCCAGCAAACACGCAGCAGCUUUACGUUCUACCUUAUUUUCCUCUUCAUCAGCUGCAUUCGCUCUUUUUAGCUCUGCAGAAUGUGCAGAAAUGAUCCAACUCCGUCGCCACGCUGCUGUUUGCUUGCUAGGUUUCUACUCGCAGAAGGAAGGGUUCAGGGAGAAGACGGCUUUAGCUCGUGGCUGAACAUGAAGUAGGCAGUAAAGCUGUGAGUUGUGAAAUGAAUGAAGUGGUAUGAGGUGUGUAUGAGGCAGUGAUGCUGUUAUCAUCACUUUUAGCUGGAGAACGUUGAUCAGUUGGUUUUUCCUUUUUGUUUAUAUAUAAGCAAGUUGAAAAUGAGCCUACAAGAAUUACGUUUAAUUCAGUUUUUUGCUAAACAUUAAACAUACUGUCUUUGCCACACGGGUCUCCACAGGGGUUCAUCAUCAUGACGCUUCAUAUGGUAUGCUUCAGAUUCAAUCAAUAUAGCUAUCAAACUGGCUUCACGACAGUAUUUUAAAUAACCUGUUGAGAACAUACACGGUUUUACCAAAUGCCUGCCUUCAUUUUGAUUCUGGCCUUGUAGGGCCAGAAGCAGGUUUUUGACAUUUAAAUGAAUUAUUAAAUGGAACAAGCAGCUUUAGUGCAGGCUGGAAGAGGAGGAUGAAGGGGGGCGAAUCUGCAAAUGAUGUUUAAUUUACCAGGACGUCACUGGGACUGGACCUGGGACUCCAGCUUUCUCCUCUGAGCCUGACCAGGACUAUCUGAACCAUGACGAUGACAGAUCGUCUGCUUACGUGUCACCAAAAGCUGCUUCAGAAAACUGUUUGCUUUGUAGAUGUUUGAUGCUGUUCAGUCAGCCACCAAUGAUUGAGACCUUUCUACCUAUCGGUCUCGCUGGGGGAUGGGUGGGGCCUAAUAAAUGUAAGUGGUUGAGUUAACAUGUCACGUAAAUUAUUGAUAUCUUACGAUCUCCUGCCAUGGAAUGUGACACAAUUAUUAAUCUUAUUAUUUAGAACACAAAGACAUGAGAAAUAAAAGAUGCAGAACACUGGCAGAUAAAACGGAGAGUGUGAGACGUCAUGUGGGUGAGAGUGUGUGCCACUGUAUUCAUGCAGUUUAUAUACAUGAGCAAUUAUUUUAAAAAAUGUAAAUGAAAUUAAAAUGAGGGAUAUUGAAAAACCUACAUGUUUUCCGGUGAGACUUGGCUGAAGUAUCUCACACAAAAUAAAAAGAAAAAAUAAGUGGAAAGGUAGUUUAUUUAUAAAUUUUAUAAAUGAUUUUAUAAUAAUAAUAAUACAUUUUGUUUCUGGGUGCCUUUCAUGACGCCCAGGGUCCCCUUAAAGUAAAAUAUACAUAAAAUACAGUAAAAAAAACAGUCAAAUUGAAGGAGUUAAAAGAACAAGAACAAAUGAAAAGCAGAAAACGCGACGUGGGAGGAUCACAGAGCAGCAGAGCUAGAAAAGAUGAGUUUGGGAGUGGAUGUGGGGGAGGUCAGAGGGGAGGUGGAUUCCAGAUGGAGAUCCAUGAAGGUAAGAUGUGAGUGGGGUUCAGUGAGACAGGUGGAGAAAGAGCAUCUAAGAGUGCAAACAGGGGCGAGAUCACAGAGGGGCUUGGAACAGUAGUAAGGUUUUAGAGUGAAUGCGGGAUUGCAGGACAGGUGUGACGUGGUUGGAAAAUGGAGUUCUAGUUAUGACACGUGCUGAUGAUUUCUGAACCAGUUGCAGUUUGUGUAAAGUUUUCUGAGACCAGGUCAAAGGGAGCUGCUUUAGUCCAGUCGAGACGUGGCUGUGAAGGAGGGUGGAAGCAGGGAGGGGCGUGAAUGGGUGACAUUGUGGAGAUAAAAGUUGGCUGACAGGUGAUGUUAUUGAAGGAAAGUGUGCUAUUGAGGAUGACACCCAGACUCUCGACCUGUAGGGGAGGGGGAAAUAACAAACGGUGAGACUUGGCUGGAUUGGAAAUGCCAUCGAGUUCUCUGAUCUCAGGUCGCUUCCCUGAGAUGUGACUGUAGAGUUUCCAGAAUAUUAUGAUAUACCCGACAGUAAAAU